CACGGCAGACGUCGCCGAUAAGACGUUGCCUGAAGCACGCUCGGAAAGAUGGCCUGCAGGCGCAGCGACAAUGACGACGACGUCGUGGUCACACUGGCGGACGUCGAGCGCCUGGGCACGGCCCGCAUGAGCACGAGCGCCCGCGGCUACUACCAGAGCGGAGCCGACCAGCAGCAGACGCUGGGGGAGAACACCAGCGCCUACCGGAGGCUUCGGCUGCUUCCGCGGAUGCUGCGAGAUGUGAGCCGCCGUGAGCUGAGCGUCACGCUGCUGGGUGGACGCGAGCGGCUUUCCUUCCCAAUAGGAAUUGCACCCAGCGCCAUGCAGAAGAUGGCACACCCGGAAGGAGAGGCAGCGACCGCAAGAGCUGCUCGAGACGCCGGUACUCUCAUGAUCGUGAGCACCAUUGCGACCACGUCACUGGAGGAUGUGCGCGAGGCGGCGCCUGACGGCCGCCGCUGGUUCCAGCUGUACGUGUACCGGGAUCGCGACGUCACGCGCGCCCUGGUGCGGCGAGCCGAGCAGGCUGGUUAUUCGGCCCUGGUCCUCACCGUCGACACGCCUUACUUCGGCCAACGACUGGCCGACGUCAGGAACAAGCUCGCCCUGCCACCGGGACUCAAGAUGGCCAACUUCAAGGAAGCUGACUUCCACAACGUGGUCUCAGCACCGGGUGGCGGCUCGGGCCUCUCGACGUACGCGUCUGCGCUUUUUGACCCCUCUCUGACGUGGAAAGACGUGGAUUGGUUAACAAGCAUCACUCACUUGCCGGUCAUCAUCAAAGGCAUCCUCAGAGCUGACGACGCCGCUGAGGCGGUGAAUCACGGCGCAGCCGCCAUACUGGUGUCCAAUCACGGCGCCCGACAGAUUGACGGAGAACCGUCAACGAUCGAGUGCCUGCCGGAAGUGGUGCGUGCUGUGGCGGGCCGCUGCGAGGUGUACCUGGAUGGUGGUGUGCGCUGCGGCACCGACGUCGUCAAGGCGCUGUGCCUCGGUGCAAGGGCCGUGUUCAUCGGCAGGCCCGUGCUCUGGGGGCUUGCUUUCAAGGGCAAGGAAGGCGUGGACCAGGUACUGGCCAUCUUGCGCUCGGAGCUGGACCGCGCCAUGGGACUUCUGGGUUGCCGCACCAUCAGCGACCUCACUCCAGACCUGGUGGUUCGCGAGGAGCGUUUUUCCAGGCUCUGACUCGCCUACCUUAUUCCCAUCGUUCUUUCAAUAAAAGCGGUAAUGGGGA